AUGCGCCAGAAAGAAAGGGGCGGGAAGCUAGUUGCCGGCCCUCACUUAGAUUGGUCCGAUCCGACGUCAAUCAGAGCCUAUCUUCCACUGACUCUGCGAAUACCGUUUGUGCUGACGUCCGUCUCCAAGGGGGUGGGGGGUCUGAAUGAUGCACCUGUCUGUAAGGUGGAUGAUUUUGUUCCGUGUAGCAAAGAACCAUCCAAACCACCAACACCAAAACAAGAGUUCAUCAAACCGUUGCGGCCAAUCACUGCGAAUAUUCCUAUAACCGUUCCUUAUCCAGCACAUGUCAUCACAGGAGUACCACAACCACCUUGUAAAGACGAAACACAACCUGAUAUCAGCUUUUUAUACUCUCAAGCUUGGCGAGAAGAACUGAGGGACCUAACAGCGAGGGUAGAAUUCACUCCAGAACCAACUUCAGAAGCAAAAGAGGAGGAGAAUGCAAAAUGGGUAACCCAGUAUCCUGCUGAGAAGGGGAGUUUGUGCACUUCUCCAAUAAGACCUAAAUCCCGGCCUGCCUCCAGACCGGGUUCACGUGCUGGGGCCAGUGAAUGCGCUCGACCCACCCUGACAGUGGCUGAACGUGAAGUUCUAGUCCUGGAGCUACUGUCCCAGAUCUUACAAACUGAUUCACUCCAAGCUGUACAGCAGUGGUUACUCAUAACAGGACAAAAAGACAAAGACAUGGUGUUGGAUUUGCUUCGAAUGGCUGUGGCUAAUAUGAAGUUCAAUAGUUCAAACACUUCAACCUGUGCCACUGGAAAAGAUAAUUUAACUUCUCGCCAGCCAGCUGAAGAAACAGAAGUGGAUAUAUUCCGAGCGCAGUCUGCAUGUGAGAGGCGCCGUGCCAGGUCACAAUGUCAAUGUCAAAGACUGGAUUCAAUCUUGGAGAAAGAGCCAGAUAGAGAGAGAGAUCUCAAAAUGCUGGAAGACACCAGGCCACUUUCCUCUGUUCACCAUUGUCCACGACCUAAAAUUUGCAAAAAGCCAAAAACUCUUGGAGUGCCAAAAAGAGUGCCCAAUGUGACGUCUUCGCCCAUACUGGAUGGGAAGUUGUGCCACAGUAAGACUGAUUUAUCUAAAACUUAAAACAGAAGAAGACCCCUUGAAAGAUUUGUGACAAAUAAGCAUGCAGAGUUAUCAGUAAAUUUUUUUGGAGGUAAAUGAAGCAUCAGUAUGUUGGAUUAAAUUGUGCAUCUUCACUAGACUGAAUGACAGAUUUGUUCAAGCAUAAUCUACCACACAGAGAA